CACAACCAGAACAUACCAUCCCAAGGCUCGAGCUGUGUGGAGCUGUUCUUGCUACAGAGGUGGCGGAACUGAUCUUAGACGAAUUGGACAUCAAACUGGACGCGGUCAAGUUCUACACGGACAGUAAGGUCGUACUAGGCUACAUAAACAACCAAACCAGAAGGUUCUACACCUACAUCAGCAACCGGGUGGAGUGCAUCAGGGGAUCGACGCAGCCGGAGCAAUGGAAUUACGUUCCAACUGACCAGAAUCCAGCAGAUCUCGCAACUAGGUCCGUCCCUGCAUCUCUGCUGAAUCAAACCAUCUGGCUGACGGGUCCAGCGUUCCUGUUACGACGUGACGGUGGCCCAUGUUCUACCAAGGAGACCUUUGGACUCGUAGAGCCCGAGUCUGACAAGGAGAUUCGUCCUCAAGUGACAACUUUCAUAACUCAUGUGCGACCAAGAAGUCCACUGAGUCCACACCAUUUUGAACAUUUCUCGAAAUGGACGACGCUCGUGCGAGCGAUAGCACAUUUAACGGAUAUCGCAGACUGCUUCCAUCGCCCGAUGAGAGGCACCACUGGUAGCUGCAAUGGAUGGCAUUACUGCACAGUGCCACGCACUGAAGACGAGCUUUCCAGAGCAAGGAAAUCAAUCUUCCGCUGUGUGCAACAGGCAGCUUAUGCAAGUGAGAUCAAAGCCAUCAACAAGGGAGAAGACCUUCCUAGGGUCAGCACCCUCAGGAAGCUAAACCCCGGGAUGGACAAAGACGACUUGCUCAGGAUCCGUGGUCGGCUAGGGAAUGCAAAAUUAGAUGAGAAUGAACGAAACCCCCUCAUAAUCCCAAGCCAGAGCCACAUCGCAAUCUUACUCGUGCGCCACUACCACGAGAAGGUCAAGCACCAAGGUCGGCACUUCACAGAAGGAGCAAUCCGAUCUGCAGGGCUGUGGAUCGUUGGAGCAAAGAGGUGCAUCGCCAGCACAAUCCACAAGUGUAUCCGGUGUCGCAAGCUACGUGGAAAACAGGAAGAACAGAAAAUGGCAGACCUCCCAGCCGAUCGACUCAGUGUGGAACCUCCCUUCACCUCUGUAGGGAUUGACGUGUUCGGACCGUGGACAGUCAUCUCCCGCCGCACCAGAGGAGGGCUCGCGAACAGCAAACGUUGGGCAGUGCUGUUCACCUGUAUGAGUACACGAGCAGUGCACAUCGAAGUCAUCGAGUCCAUGGACUCUUCGAGCUUUAUAAAUGCACUCCGGAGGUUCUUCGCCAUCAGAGGGCCAGCCAAGCAACUCCGUUCUGAUUGUGGAACCAAUUUCAUAGGAGCAUGUAAAGAGCUUAAGAUCAAUACGGAGAAUGUCGAAGAUUAUUCUGUCAGGAAAUACCUUAGUGAUCAAGGCCGCACAUGGAUCUUCAAUCCUCCCCACUCUUCGCACAUGGGUGGAGCCUGGGAACGCAUGAUCGGGAUUGCUCGACGCAUUCUCGACUCCAUGCUAUGUGAUGUCGGGUCCACACGGCUCUCUCACGAGGUCUUGACCACUCUCAUGGCCGAGGUCUCAGCCAUAAUUAACUCAAGACCCCUGAUCCCCGUCUCAACCGACCCGGAGUCACCAUUCAUCUUGACUCCUGCUACACUUCUUACCCAGAAGACAGAUGUGCUCACAGCACCUACCGAGGAGGCCAGCACUGCAGACCUCUACAGACGUCAAUGGAGACAAGUGCAGAGCUUCGCGAACACGUUCUGGCAUCGCUGGAAAAACGAGUACCUUACGACACUCCAAGUGCGCAACAAGUGGCAGUCUAAUAGACCAGACAUCCAAGAAGGCGACCUCGUCCUACUGAAGGACAACCAAGCCAAACGGAAUGAGUGGCCAAUGGGCCGCAUCCUCAAGUCGAUUCCAAAUGCCGAUGGAAAAGUUCGAAAGGUCGAGGUUAUGAUUGCGAAGCAAGGUGUCGCAAGAACUUUCAUCAGGCCCAUAGUCGAGAUAGUACUACUUCUCUCUCGCAAAGAUAUGGACAAAUAAGUCGACCCGUUGAAGUUGUUAUACACUUGUUUAUGAGAUAGGAAAUAAAUGGUGGUAUCUCCUAGAUACCAGACGGGGAGUGUCUUGCCUCACGGCAGAUGGGGAGCGUAUGUAAACAGGAAGUUCCUGUUUUUUGAUGCUAAUGUUGGUCACGUGACCAGGAAGUGACGAUGUCAGAUUUCCACUGUACCACGCGGGCGUCAGCCAUUACACAGAUAAGUCAAGAUGGCGGCACGCAUCGCAUCUCAGUGAGACCACAGCCGCACUUAUCCAUUGUGGGAGCUUAAGAAGCAUUAUCUUUUUACCUGUUAAAUCAAUAAAUGACGAUCGGAGUUGGACGGUCAUCCUGGCUUCGAGGGUUUAUUGAACACAUGGUUGUCUACUCGACUAGCGGUGCAACGCAGC